AUGCCUUCCCUCCUGCUGGUGGUGUUUCUCGUCGAGCUGGCCAUUCAGGUGGUCAACUCGCUCGGGGCCGAUACGAUUUCGAAUGCUCUCUGGAAGGUCUACUGCUGCAUCCCAUCGCGGCGCUCAGCCGUCACCGAAGAGCAGCGGAAGCUGCAGCUUGAUUAUCUUGAACUGCGUCGCGAGCUGCAUGCGACCAGCAGCCAGGACGAGUUUGCCAAAUGGGCGCGGCUGAGACGGCAGCACGACAAGCUGUUGGAGCAGCUGGAGGCAAAAAAAUCGUCUCUCGACACCGGCCGCCGGUCCUUUGACUCGGUCGUCACGGUCUCCCGGCUCGUGCUCACGCGCGGACUGCAGUACUUUUUGCCGUUCUGGUUCGCCCGGGCGCCCAUGUUCUGGCUGCCCCACGGCUGGUUCCCCGGCUACGCCGAGUGGCUGCUGGCGUUUCCUCGAGCGCCCCGCGGCAGCGUCAGCAUCACGUCGUGGCAGCUGGCCUGUCUGGGCGUGCUGGUGCUGCUGCGCGACACGGUGCAGGCGCUGCUGGCGCUCUCGGCAACGACGGAGACGAAGGACAAGACGCCGGCGGCCAGAGAGAGCCCGGUGGCCGCGCAGAAGGCGGGCUAG